GUAGCUGCUGAGUGGUGUGUGUGGGUAUCUCUCUCUCCUGUUGAGCGUUGGUUAAACGACAGACAGUGACAGUAGUGCAGCAGCAGACACGUUAAUAUCCAAGGAACGAAGGUAACACACACACCCACAACUAUACCGUGUCUUUCAUUUUCUUCUUCUUCUUCUUCUUCUUCCAAGGAACAAACAAAAAUCUCUUCUAUUUCUUUCUAUGUGCUUCUCUUGAUUUUUGGUGAACAACAACAACAAUAGAUGCUGAUGAUUACCGCUUGGAUCACUGACCUCUUCGCUUGCAUGGGUGGUUGUUUUGGAUGCUGUGUGAAACCUACACCAAUUAUUGCUGUCGAUGAGCCGGCCAAAGGACUAAGAAUUCAGGGGCAGACAAUGAGAAAACCAUCCGCAUCAGAUGGAUUCUGGAGUUCUAGCCCUUGUGAUCUGGAUAACAGCACAAUUCAAUCUCAACGAAGUAUAUCAUCUGUCAGUACUUUAAAUCAAAUCCUGUAUCAAAGCAGUGCAACUUCUACUGCAGGCACUGAUCCUGAAUUUGUAAACCAAGGUCUUCUUCUUUGGAAUGAAAGCAGACUUCAGUGGGUUGGACGGGGCUUAUCUGAGAAGCAAAGCCAACAAAAACAAGAAUCCCGACUAAAUCUUUCUGCGUUUCUCCCCUGUGGAUGGCUUAUCAGUUUUUGUGUUUACUGUAGUCGGAAUGCAACUUAUGAAAGUUUGCUUGGAACUAGACAACCUUUCCCAAAGUCCGUACCUUUAUCUGAAAUGGUUGAAUUCCUUGUGGAUGUUUGGGAGAGUGAAGGAAUGUAUGGUUGAGACUUGAGAGGUUAAAAUGCUGAAGCUGUUUUUAAGUUAGUUUAUACUUCAUAUGCUGUGUUUAACUCAUGAAAGGCUUUAAUUCAUAGUCUUGCUGAGAACAUUAAAAGAUCAAACACAAGUUUGUUCUUCCAUUGUAAUUUCAAACACUAAGGCAGUCCUUUUGUUUUUUGCCUACCUGUAAAUGACUGUAUACCGUUUUCAAACUAAAACCAGCCUUGCUCGAUGCAGAAGUUGUUAAUGUUACCUGUAAUUAUGCAUUUACAUAAGUCAGGUUUCUUGUUCGUGUCAUUUGUGCCUGAGGUAAUAUUGUAAUAAGAUGUCUCUCUUCUUUUA